UACAUUGAGCGGCUCGAGACUGUCUUGCCUGCACUGUCAUUCGUCGCGACACCAUUCGAUCGCUUGGUAGCCAAGGCUAAGGAGCGCAACGAGGAUGGACCUCUGUUCCGAGCAAUUGCCGUAAGCACGCAUCGCCUCCAACGAGGAGUGCUGAAGACUAACCUGUCAUGGUCCAUGGUCAGACUCUUAAACAGAACUUGCCGCAAGCGUUCCAGUCUAAUGGUGGUCGAUCAGCAACCAUUCGCGUUCUGCAGCCUGUUCGUGCAGAAGUGCCCUUCAAACGAACACGCUCACAAGACGCCGGCUCGCGUCAUCCAAAGCUCCUUCUCCGCCGAGUGGCCACAUGCAGAGCUUUUCGUCAGACACGCACUGUUCGACGUCCGGCUACGUCACGCAGCCGUUCUAGAGCUCCUCCCAGCUUGGCGCUUGCAGUCAUACCUCGCCGUGACUCGGCAGCUGCCAUUCGCAAUGGUCUGUUGGCAGCUUUGCGUAAGAGAGAUCAUCAAGCCUUUCCGCCGAGCUCUUUCCAUCUUCGUUUGCGCCGCCCGAGACUUGGCAGCGAACCAUCAGUGCGCUCGUCACCUCCGGUCGCGCAACAUCAGGAACAGGACGGAGGAGAUAUCGUCGAUGACCUGCACUCAAAACAGGCACCCUCACAUCAAAAUAUCGUCCCAAACGAGCCCGUUCGAGUUCGACAGACACAGUGUAGCUCGGAGGAUGCAGAUGCAGAUGCCUUGCCAGAUCGAUUGGAGCCCCUGCCAACCCGACGUCGAGGACGAGAGCCCGAAACCAGGAUCAACAAUCGCGACGGCGCAGCCUUCACAGGUACGAGCACCAAUGGAGAUUUGGAUUUGACUUUCAGGGAGACGAAUACAAACGUAUCGCUGCCUUGCGCAGCAGCGUAUGCCUCAGGCCAACUUGUAGCUUCGCCCGAAGCUGAGGCUGACGAUCAGGAGGACACUGUGCUUCUUGUGGAGAUCGAGCUUGACGAAGACCAGCUCAGUCAGUGCUAUCCACCAGCCGUGGAUUCGGCAUGGGAGAUAAAUUUGACAAAUGCCGAACAGGCGGAGGUCAAAGACACCAUCUUGCACAUCUAUGCUGACGAUGACGACAUCGACUACGAUGCGCAUGGAUUACAUCUUCAGGAUCCUCGGUGCGAGGGAAGUACAGAGGAUGGGGAAUGCGAAAGCGAGGAGGUUGCGAUGGACAUCGGCGAGCUUGAUGGGUCAAUCGAUCUGCUCGAUGAGUGUAUCUUGCUACUGAUGGACGAGUAAAGAAUGAAGAGCGAUCUCGCAGAUCAUCGAAGCUUGGACGGCGCGCUUUGAUUGACAGCAUGCGCGCACAUCAGAUUUGGCUGCGAGGUGCCUU